GAGAAGCAAGGAAAAUUACUCAUCUACCUUCCAUGCUAGCAACCCCACAUUCCACAUCAACGUCACCUCACCUCACGUCACGUCAUCUCGGCUCGGAUUGGCUUUGGUGCGCAGAAUUUAAACUACCUACUCAAAACGAUUAGUUACUCUCUUCUGUAUAUCAAGUGUCCCUCCCUCUCUUCCUCUUUUCCUCUACAUCUCGAUUGACAGAAUUCACACCUCAUAUUCACAAUACGCAACACGCCCCCCAUCCAUACUAAUCCCCCAACUCGACAGACAGAGAUCAGGAAGACGAGGAGAAAGGAAAAGACAAGACAAGACAGGAAAUCAUGGCUCUCCCGCCCAAAUUCGCAGGUCAAAGAUUUGUGGCUGCGACCGAGGGGGUCUCGACUCAGGCUUUGCAUUCGUUGGAGUUGUAUUUGGAUUUUGUUUGUCCGUUCUCGGCCAAAAUGUUUAACACUGUCUAUACUUCUGUAAUUCCCUUGAUCAAACAAAAAUAUUCAUCAAAGGUCCAAAUUAUCUUUCGUCAACAAAUUCAACCAUGGCAUCCAAGUAGUACUUUAGUUCACGAAGCCGGUGUCGCUGUCCUAGCCCUCUCACCCCAAAGCUUCUAUCCUUUCUCUGCAUCUCUCUUCAAACAACAAAAGGAUUUCUUCGACACAAACGUCGUUAAUGAAACGCGUAAUGCAACAUACAAACGUCUCGCGAAGAUAGGAGGAGAAGUAGGAGUCGAUGAGGACAAAAUGUACGACCUCCUUAAGAUUGAUGAUAAGCCAGGUCCAGAUGGAAGUAUGAAUUCCGGAAAUGGGGUUACGAAUCAACUUAAGGUGUUGGUUAAGAUGAACAGAUUGGUGGGGAUUCACGUUACACCCACGGUUGUUUUUGAUGGGGUUGUGGAAAAUUCAAUCAGCAGCUCCUUCACUACUGAUCAAUGGGAAGAAUGGUUGGACAAGAACGUCGCAUAAGAAAAUUAUACGAUUUCUCCAGACAGUCGAACGUAUCCCACAGCUCGGAUUCGGAUACUGACUGGGGUUAUGGAAAUUGCGGGGUAGACGAAAUUGAGAUGGUGCAUGGCUGAGACUGGGUCGAAUUCUUGGAGGCUCACGGAUAAUAUCUUGAUCUUUCUUGCUAAGAGGUAAUCCAAAAUCUUGUUCUUACCUUUCAUUUCUUCUGAUUUCAUUAUAUGGACAGAGGUCAAAUUACAGGUAAUAGUAAUAGUGAUUCCUGGUGAUUGCACGAUAGCUAGCGAGAAAUUGCUAAUAAUGAGAAAACCCUUUCUUGUCACCUACCCUAUAAAUUCAUCAUUGAAAAUACA